AUGGAUCGAACGGUGGAGCGGGCGAAGGUUUCGCUCAUUAAUUUCCUUUUAGAGGUGACGCCGCCUCUCCUCGGGUGCAGCCGGCAGCAGCUGCAGAAGUUGCUGUCAGCACAGGCGGAGACGGUGCUGAAGCCUUUCCUUGUGGAGCAGCAGCCUGGGGUUUUGGUUAUUGGCAAGGAGGUAGCUCGUGAGGGUGCAGCGGACAAGACACCUGGAGAGGGGGAGCAGCCGGUUUCUGCUGCAUUUGACGCGGAUGACGAAGAAGAAAACUACAACUUGUAUGUCGACCUCGGAUUCGUUGCUAGAGCAGGAGGGAGAUCCUGUAGUGUUGCGUUUAUCAAGAGGCCUGGGUUCAGCCUAGCAGAUGAGAAAGCAGCAGAGAGGGAGACGGAGGAGGGGGAGGACGGGGAAGGUAGGGCGACACACGUGAUCACCAAGCCAAUAGGGCCUCAGCUUGCAAUCAUGAGGUGUGGUUUUGGAGAGGAAGAGAGCCUCUUAGACGUGACAGAGAUGUACAUGCAGCGAGGCUUCGGCCCGUUGCUGAAGACCGCCUCCGAGGAGGAGACUGCAGCAGCUGCUGCUGAUGGAGGCGUCGAUGGAGGAGCAGCAGAUGAAGCAGCAGCAGCAGCGCGCGCCUCUCAUGGCAUGCAGACCGUCAGCAAGAAACUCAGAGAGCUGGUGCUGGCGGUGCAGCAAGCCCAACAAAAUGUAGAUAUUCCCUUGAUUGAGCUGCCCAUCGACUCGGUGAUCAAAGCAGCAGUCAUGAAGGCAGCAGCUGAGAAACGCAAACCCGUAGUUGAAGACUUGGGCGACAAAUUGCAAGACAGCACUUACCUCAUUGCUCUACAAUCCCACGUCAACAAAUGGAUCAAAGACAUCCAAAAGGUCUGCAGAAUGCAGCGCGACCCAAGCACUGGCACUGCUGCAGAGGAAGUGAAUUUCUGGUUGGGGUUUGAAAGAGCGCUGAAACACGUGGAGGACCAGCUGAAGACGACGGAGGCGGAGUUUACGUUGACGGUGUUGAAGCACACGCGAAAGGUGUUUGCAACGAUGUCAUUUGAGCAGGACUCAGGUUUGAAGCAGGCGACUGAAAUUGUGCAGAAUACAAACAUUCUAAUGCGGGAUUUCCCUUUGAACGACUUGUGCAGUGCCCAAACUGUUGAACAGCUAACUCAGGCGGUACGCACCAUCUUUGCGCACAUGCGAAAGUUGAAGAACGCAACGCUCUACCCUUUAAGCCGAGCGUAUUUUCUGGUGGAGGCGCUCAGUCGGGAUCUUUCGACUCAACUGCUGAGCAUCACUUCGAGACAGAACUUGAUUGCAAUGGCUUACGAGGAGUUCGAGCACACAGCCGCUGGUUGUUCCGAGUUGUUCAGGACGUGGGAUGAAGAAGUGCGGCAUUUCAGGGAAACUGUGAGGGAGUUGUCUAAGAAAAGAGGGCUCAACGAGAGGCCGCCCUCGAAACUCGUAUGCGAGCAUGUGGUACUGCAAGAGCGCAUCGUGGAGGUGCGGCAGUUUAGACGACAGCAUCACCGGCUAAAGGAGGUCUUGAACCGCGUGUUGGGCGACGGCAGCGGCAGAGAUGUGGCUGCACAGAAGGACAUCGCUGCAGCUUACCAAAUCAUCGAAGCACUUGACGUCCUAGACGUGAGUCGUACCGGAGAAGAGGCUUGGGAGGCGGGCCAGAAAGCCUACGACACGCGCAUCGAUCGCGUGGAGUCGCAGAUUACGGCGAAAUUGCGAGACCGUCUUGGUGCGUCGAAGACGUCAGCUGAGAUGUUCCGCGUCUUCUCCCAGUUCAACGCACUCUUCUUCAGACCGCGCAUCAGAGGGGCUAUUCAGGAGUACCAGACCAAGUUAAUUCAGGUGGUUAAGGAAGACCUGAAACGUCUGCAGGGCAUCUUUCUAGAAGGCCACCAAAAGGUGGAGUCGAGCACCAUGGCCGAGGUGCGCGACAUGCCCAGAGUUGCAGGAAUGAUUGUAUGGGGGAAGCAAGUAGAAAGGCGGCUGGAUGCGCUAGUACAGAGGAUUCAGGACGUGCUAGGCAAGGGGUGGGAGCAGCACGUCGAAGGGCAGAAACUCAAAUUGGAUAUCGACUUCUUUCGCGCCAAACUCAAUCCUCAGGAGCACUUCGAUAGCUGGCUGAAUGUCGUGCGAGACCAGAAACGACUGGACACUGGAGAGAGGAUCUUCGUCCUGCAAGACUGGGGGGCAGGCCGCCUUGAAUUAGCUGUGAAUUUCGACAAAGAUAUGCUCACGCUGUUCAAGGAGGUUAGACUUCUCUCGGCACUGCAGUUUCGCGUCCCGUAUUCUGUUAAGGUGAUGGCUGACGAGGCGAAGGUGUUGUAUCCUUUUGCGAUUACUUUGCAAGAAGUUUUGAGAACUUACAUGGAAUCUUGUGCGAGCGUGGGGGACACGGUUUCGACAUCUGGUUCGUCUACAUUCUCUGAUGGAGGAGCAGAUGAGGCAGCUGUCGCCUUACUGGUAGCUUCUUAUCAACGCGACUCUCAGGGGAAGCUUGCAGAGGGCAUGAACCUCUGCUGGGACUCAGACCGUCUGGAGACGUACGUCAAACGCCUCGCAGAAAUCGUCUACGUGUUCGAGGCAAAGGCGGAAUUCGCCCUGCAGCAGCAUGAUAAGGCCAUCAAGGAGAUCGACACUUUGAAGGACAAACCAAUCGAUGCCCCUUACCAAGACAUUCUCGCUGUUCUGCAAAAUGUACAGAAGUUGAUUGAAGAGCAGCACUUGCAGAAUUACUCCAACAUCCGAGAUUGGACGAAAGUACUGGAAAGUCGGGUGGAGGCAAUUUUAACUCAACGCCUCAUCAAACUCGUAGAGGAGUGGACAGAGCAAUUUGAGGACUGGCCGAACAAGGGCACUGCAUUAAUUCAAAAUGGACUCGUCUUGGAAAUCCAGGUUAAAAACCAAGUCCUGCAAGUACACCCAGCGGUGGAGGCGGCGCGUCAACUCUGGAUGGGCAGCUUGAACCGCGUCGUGGCAUCCGUGUGUCUUUUGCCUCGCUUUAAUUCGAGAAAUAGUGCGAGACCUUUGAAGUUCGGUGGGGAGCCCACUGCUUGGGAUUAUGACGAUACAGAUGAGGAGAAUCUGGAGAACGAAGAUCCGAUCAAGCCCCAAUCGCGUGGCACCUACAGGGCCAUCGCUUCUCGCAUUCCACCCGAUGUCAUGAACAGGGCGCAUGCCGCCAUUGACAGGGUGAUGGAGAAGGUAGAAGAUUACGUGGGUAAUUGGAUGCACUAUCAAGUACUUUGGGACGUGGAUGUGAGCGAAGUGCUUGGAAAGCUGGGCGACGACAUCGAGACGUGGCAGCAACUGUUGAAUGAAAUAAAACAAGCGAGGAGUCCUUUUGACAACAGCGAAGCUCGUAUAAUGUUCGGCCCUACCAUUGUGGAUCACCACCAGGUGCAGGCGAAGUUGAAUACGCGUUAUGACGCCUGGCACCGCGACAUUCUGCAUGCAUUUGGCCAGAAGGUGGCUGCAAAUGCAAGUUCAGUCUUUACUGCUCUGCAUGCAAUGGUGGUGGACUUGGAGGAACAAGGAAAGGCAGCGGAUCCUACGGAUACCACCAUGAACGCGGCGACCUUCCUCUCAAUGUCAGAGGCGCAGAUGUCCGCUCUCAUCAGCAGCCAAGGUCUCAUUGGAGAUGAACUGAUCUCCAAUAUCGUCUCAAACCUCACAAAGUUUCUGUUGAAGUUGCAGGAGGCGAGCAAGCUAGAGCCCAAAUGGAGCGCCACCAUUGACACAUUGAGAGCUAGUGAGCGCCUGCUAGAAAGGCAGCGCUACACGUUCCCAAGCGACUGGCUCUGGACAGACAGGAUUGAAGGGGAGAUGGAGGUGUUCUUGCAGCUGUUGAGACACCAGGGAUUUAUGGUGGAGCAAGUGCGAGAACAACUCAUCGCUCUCGUAACGCAAUUCGCCGCCACCCUGCAGGAGAAACUCCAGCAGCUGUACUCGGACUGGAUGUUGCAGCGUCCUGUACGAGACGACAUAGCCCCUGGGCAUGCGAUGAACAUCUUAAGGAAGUACGAACAACAGCUCGAGAAGAUCACAUCGGAUUAUGAAUGUGGGAAGAAGGCAAAGGCAGUCCUGGGGGUGGAAGACACUGCCUAUGGGCCCGGAGGGGAGGCGUUCUCCCCUUCAGCGCUCGCAGAGGAAAUUGCAGAUAUGAAGGGGGUUUGGCAAGCUUUGGGCGGGUUGCACACAGAACUGGCUGGUCUUCGAGAAACCCUGUGGGCCGCCGUCGUACCGAAGCAAAUCAGAAGCGCGCUGGAGUCGCUGCUGGAGAGGAUAAAGCAAAUACCUGCCAGGUUCCGUCAGUACGAAGCAUUUGAGGAGUUGAAACAAAAGAUAAACAAAUUUCUGUCGCUGAAUAUGCUCAUCACCGACAUGAAGACAGACGCUCUCAAGGAAAGACACUGGAAAAUUAUUCUUUCCAAACUAAAGAUACGCAAAUCCCUUACUGACAUGACCAUAGGCAACCUUUGGGAUGCUGACCUGGCCUCCAACGAAGCCGAUAUUCGCGACGUCUUGGUACAGGCCCAAGGGGAGUCUGCUUUGGAGGAGUUUUUGCGACAAGUGAAGGACUCGUGGAGAGAAAGAGAAUUUGUCAUGGUGCCGUGCGGAGGCAAAUGCAAAGUCAUCAAAGGAUGGGAAGAACUCUUCCAAACCAUCGAUGACCAGCUCGCAUCCAUACAGUCCAUGAAAAUGUCCCCCUUCUUCAAGAUAUUUGAAGAGGAGGCACUCGCUUGGGACGAGAAACUGAACAGGUUGCGCAUCCUCCUGGACAGCUGGGUCGAAGUACAGCGCAAGUGGCUGUACCUGGAGGGGGUCUUCUCUGGUUCACAAGACAUUCAGAUGCUUCUCCCUGCCGAGCAUCAGCGGUUCAGAGGCAUUGACGCGGAGUUCAAAGGCAUAAUGAAGAAAGCAGACACCACCAAAGUAGUGCUUGAGGUAGCCUCGACCGAGGGCCUCGCCCGUCAGUUGGAGCGGUUGUCGGAUUUGCUGUCACGAAUUCAAAAAGCCCUCGGAGAGUAUCUUGAGAAACAGAGGGAGCAGUUCUCUCGCUUUUACUUUGUAGGUGACGAAGACCUCCUGGAAAUGAUUGGCAACGCAAAGGACGUCAAAUUGGUGCAGCGCCACGUGAGCAAGCUCUUCGCGGGGAUCGCUGCACUCGAAACUGAUCCUGAAGACCCAACAACAAUUACUGCGAUGACCUCGCGAGAGGGAGAAGUUGUUCCUUUCGUUAGCGGGGUGUCCAUACUGCAGUAUGCAUCGUUGAAAGACUGGAUGAGUGCUGUAGAGCUGCAGAUGACAGUCUCACUGGCUGAUAACGUUUCGAGGGCUCUGAAGACGCUCGAGCAGUUCGACUUGGGCGCGUUGACGUCGACGACAGCAGCAGGAAGUGACCCCCUAGAGGACCCGUUUGUGAAGUGGAUCAAAGACUUUCCCCUGCAGGCGCUGCUGCUAGCGAUGAACAUCCGCUGGACGAAGACAUGCGAAUUGGCGUUGUCAUCAGAUGAUCCUUAUCAAGCGGCAAAUGCAAAACAGGCGGAACACCCUCUGGAGUCUUCCGCGUUGAAGGACUGCGUGACUCUCCUCGGAUUCCUGGCGGAUCGCGUUGUUCAGGAUGUCGGCCCUCUCAUUCGCAAUCGAAUCGUUCACAUGAUCACAGAAGUGGUGCACCAAAGAGAUGUCUGCAGGUCCCUGAUAAAGAAUAACGUGAUCUCCAGAAAGGACUUUGGCUGGCUUGAAUGCAUGCGAUUCUACUUCACGCACCCUGCACCUUCGGGCCCCAUAAUUCCUCAGGGUCUUCUCAAAGUGUGCAUGGCGGAUGCAACAUUUGACUACGGAUUCGAAUAUUUGGGAAUGGCGGAGCGACUCGUGCAGACCCCUUUGACCGACAAGUGUUUCCUCACUCUCACUCAAGCCCUCAAGAUGAAACUUGGGGGCAACCCGUUCGGCCCUGCAGGGACGGGAAAAACGGAGUCGGUGAAGGCCCUGGGGUGUGCCUUGGGGAGGUACACAUUGGUGUUUAACUGUGAUGAGACGUUUGACUUCAACGCAAUGGGUCGGCUGUUUUCGGGAUUAUGUCAAGUGGGGGCUUGGGGCUGCUUUGACGAAUUUAAUCGUCUCGAUGAAAGGAUUCUUUCUGCUGUUUCAGAACAGAUUUUGACUAUCCAGAUUGGGCUGCGCGAAGGUCGGAAAGAAAUAGAGUUGCUUGGGAAGGCAACUAAACUCAACACGAAUGUUGGGAUCUUCGUCACAAUGAAUCCCGGCUACGCUGGUCGCUCCAACUUGCCAGAUAACUUGAAGCAGCUGUUCCGUGAGGUGGCGAUGAUUAAGCCAGACAAGCAGCUAAUCGCUCAGGUUACGCUGUACGCACAGGGUUUUCGCUCCGCCGAGCGUUUGUCCAGCAAGAUCAUUUCCUUAUAUGACUUAUGCGACAGACAGCUGUCUAAGCAGCCCCACUACGAUUUCGGGUUGCGUUCCCUGAAGAGUGCCCUCAGCUCGGCUGGCAAUCUGAAGCGCCAGUUGCUUCAGGAAGAAGCAGGAGCAGGGACAGUUGUGGACGACCCAGAAGUCGUCGAAUCUGUGGAGCAGAAACUUCUCAUCAGAUCUGUCACUGAUACCGUCGUGCCGAAGCUCGUUGCCCAAGAUGUUCCUCUCCUUCGAAGUCUGCUGAUGGGGGUGUUCCCAGGGGCGGAUAUUCCCGCUCUCGAUGAGAAGAUUUUGUUGGACGAAAUUGAACGGCUCUGCGAAGCGCGUUUCUUGGAAGCAAAGGGGGACUGGCUGGAGAAAGUCCUGCAGCUGUACCAAAUCCAGCGACUCCAGCACGGUGUGAUGCUUGUAGGCCCCGUGGGCACGGGAAAGUCUGCUGCUUGGCGCGUUCUGUUAGAUGCGAUGGAGAAAGUGGACGGCAUAAAGGGGAUGUCGUAUGUGUUAGACCCCAAAGUAGUGGCCAAAGAGCAGCUAUACGGCAAACUCGACUCCACAACCUUAGAGUGGCAAGACGGAGUAUUCACUGCAGUGCUGCGCAAGAUUCUCGCGACUACGCAAGAAGCAGGGAGCGGCGCCCCGCAAAGAAGGCAUUGGAUUGUGUUUGACGGAGACGUCGACCCUGACUGGGCAGAAAAUCUUAACUCUGCUCUGGAUGACAAUAAGCUGCUCACGCUUCCAAAUGGAGAAAGGCUAGAAAUACCGAACUGCAUUCGCCUUCUCUUCGAAGUCGAAACCCUCAAAUACGCAACCCUUGCCACUGUCAGUCGCUGCGGCAUUGUGUGGUUUGCGAGCUCUGUGCUGCCGGAUGACGUUGUGUUCCAGCAUCAUUUAGACGAGAUAGCCGCUGGCUCGACAGCAACAGAGGUACUUUUGCAAGGCGUGGGAGGCCAGACAAAGGGCGUCGACCGCAGCGUCUCGAGUCGCGCGAUUUCUCGUGAACUUGCACGAUCAGGUUCGCACGUCCUUUCGAGGGGGAGUGUCGGGAAACUGGCAUCCAAGGCAAGCAUGCUCGCUGGAGGCGCUACAGGAGCCCGCGGUGCGGCAGAAGCUGUUGCCCAGGGAAUAAAGGAGAGAUGUGUUACCAUCCUUCAACCGUUCUUUUGUGCUGGAGGAUUCGCAAGUCAGUGCCUCGACAAGGCAAUGAAACACCAGCACAUCAUGGAGUUCACGAGGAUCAGGUGCAUCGAGAGCAUGUUUUCGCUCUUAAAAAAAGGAAUUAGUCGCAUUGUUGAAAAGAAUGAAGAGCUACGGUCAUCAGGAGAAUCUAUGGAUGAUGAUCUAAUGGCUCAGUUCAUUACAAAGGCAAGACACUCCUUCUUGACACCUCUCACUUGGAUGGUCUUGUCCAUCUUGUGGGGAAUGGGGGGCUCUGUAAGCCUGGCAGGGCGAAUUGCAUUUAGCGAAGAAGUGGCGCGCAUUUGUGACCUGCCUUUGCCUGCUGCCUUGAGUUCUGACGAUGGAAGGGGGCAAACCCUCUUGGACUUUGAACCAUCACUGGAAGACGGCCAGUGGCACUCGUGGAAGUCGCGAGUUAAACAGAUGGAAAUUGACACCCAGCAGGUGAAGGAUGCCUCCCUCGUUAUUCAAACUGUGGACACUUUACGACACCGUGAUGUUGUAGAGGGUUGGCUCGAGGAAAAAAAGCCUUUCAUUCUCUGUGGCCCGCCUGGCUCUGGGAAGACGAUGACUCUCACGGCAGUACUAAAAGAGCGCGCGGACUUCGACGUUGCCUUUCUCAACUUCUCCUCAGGUACCACCCCCGACUUGCUGUUUAAGACUUUUGAUCACUACUGCGAGCUCACGAAAACUGCAGCGGGGGGGAUGGUCAUGCGGCCUCUUGUACCUGGGCGCACUCUCAUCAUCUUCUGCGACGAAUGUAACCUCCCCUCUCCCGACAAGUACGGCACGCAGCAUGUUAUAAUGCUGAUACGCCAAAUAGUGGAGUCGGGGGGCUUUUGGCGUUCGAUGCCACAACUACAGCAGGCCUCGCCGUGGGUGUGGAUUCGCGUUGAAGGGGUGCAGUUUGCAGGAGCGUGUAACCCCCCUACAGAUGCGGGCCGUCAUCACAUGAGCAAUCGCUUUCUUCGGCAUGCCCCUAUUAUAUUCGUUGAUUUCCCAGGAAAGGAUUCUCUUAUCCAGAUUUACAGAACAUUCAAUAGGGCUCUUCUGCGUCCUUAUCCUAGCCUGUUCCCAUCUGCUGAUGCGCUUACCAUGGCGAUGGUGGAAUUCUACAUUUCCUUCUCGAGCACAUUCACAGUUGACCAGCAGCCUCACUACAUCUACUCCCCAAGAGAGCUAACGCGCUGGAAGCUAGCGUUAGCAGAGGCUCUUGAAGGGGGAGCAAGAUCCGACUCUGAACUACUCAGGAAAUCCUCGUCUGGCGAAACGAACAGGGUGGGGAGAGACCAACCCAGAGGCGCAACAGAUAACACCGAAAUAACCCUCACGCAACUCGUCAGGACCUACGCCCACGAGGGGUUGCGGAUUUUUAGCGACCGACUUGUGACGGAAGCAGAAAGGGAGGAGACCGACAAGAUGCUCGAUACAAUCGUCCAAACGCACUUCCCCAGUGUUAGCGAAGCAGCUCUGCAGCGUCCUAUACUCUUUACCAGUCUGGCAAGCCGCCAGUACUGCGAGGUUUCUAUGCCUGCCUUGCGCUCUCUGCUGCAAGGGAAACUGCGGGUGUUCAAUGAAGAAGUGUUUCAGGUGCAGCUGGUGUUCUUUGAUGAAGUGCUGCACCAUGUGGCCCGAAUUGACAGAGUGCUCCGGCAGCCGCUGGGGCACCUCUUGCUUGUAGGCGCGUCAGGAGCAGGGAAGACGAUUCUGACCAAGUUCGUCUCUUGGAUGAAUGGCCUGAGCAUCUUUCAAAUAAAAGCGGGCAGAAACUACAACACAGCUUCCUUCGAACAAGACCUUCGCGUGGUGAUGAAACGCGCAGCUCUCAAAGAAGAAAAAAUAGCAUUUGUUAUCGAUGAGUCCAAUGCUUUAGGACCAGCAUUCCUUGAAAGAAUGAAUGCUCUUCUCGCCUCAGGUGGGCAUCCCGUCGCUUCAUCCGGCGAAGUACCAGGGCUCUUCGAAGGCGACGAGUACACGGCUCUUAUCAAUGAAUGCAAGGCAGCUUAUGGAAGCGACUACCUAGGCAGUGGCGAGUCUUCAGAACUGUUUGCACGUUUCACGAAACAAGUGCAGAGAAAUCUGCAUAUUAUCUUCACAAUGAACCCGGCGAAUCCUGACUUCUACAAUCGUCAGGCAACCUCCCCGGCUUUGUUCAACAGAUGCGUGAUCGAUUGGUUUGGCGACUGGGCUCAGCCUGCAAUGGAACAAGUUGCAUUCGAAUUCACUGACUCCAUUGAGCUGCUUCCCGACAGCUUCACACCAGAGGCCACUGUGGGCGCGAAACCUAUUAGUAGCAUUCGGCGGGAGAGAGCGGACGACUCAGAUGAAGAAAUGGAUGCAGAUGCAGAUGACCUCGCCCGCCGUAGCAGGCUUGCAACAGCCAUUGUGUCUUUCCACUAUGCAGUGGCCAAGAGCAACGCCAUUCUGUCAAAGAGCGGCCGCAAAUCGAACUACAUGACACCGCGCGACUUCCUUGAUUUCCUGCAUCAUUUCCGAGGACUUGUUGCCGAAAAGAGCGAUGCCAGCGGAGAGCAACAGCACCACCUGCAAGCCGGACUGCAAACUCUUGCACAAGUGGAACGACAGGUUGGGGAAAUGCGGACGGAGCUCACAGAGAAGGGUGCAGUGCUUGCAGAGAAGAACGAGGAAGCUGAGAAGAAGAUGCAGCAAAUGAUCAACCAGCAGGCAGAAGCGGAAGACAAAAAGAAGGGCGCUGAAGUACUUGCACGCAAGCUCGACGAGCAGACGGGCAUAAUCAAGGAGCGCAGAGCGGUGGUAGAAGCUCAGCUGAGCGAAGUGGAACCGCUACUGAGGGAAGCUGCAGAGGCCGUUACGAAUAUUCCAAAGAAGAGUCUUGAUGAACUCAAAAGCAUGGCGAAUCCUCCAGCCAUGGCAAAGAUUCUGAACUUCGAUUGUGCGUCCGUUAGCUCAGCGACUCGGCGAAGGAUCCAGACAAAGUUCUUGACGGGCGAUUGGGAUAUUGAACGAAUCAACAAGGCGUCUCGCGCAGCAGGCCCGCUGGCUCAGUGGGUUGAGAGCAGCGUGAAGUUUGUGUUGAUUAGUGAGCAGGUGGAACCGCUGCAGACUGAAAUCGCCCAGCUUGAGACUGAAGCGCAGGAGAACGAGGCGAAUUUACAGGAGCAGCAGUCCCUCAUCACACAGCUAGAAGGCAAACUGCAGCAAUAUAAGCAGGACUACGCUCAGCUUAUUAGUCAGGUGCAGAGCAUCAAGCGAGAGAUGGAAGAGGUGCAGAAGAAAUGCGCGCGUUCAAUGUCGCUCCUGGAGAACCUAGGGUCCGAGAAGAACCGGUGGUUUGAGCAGUUGGAACAGCUUAAGCUGGCAACUCAAACUUUCGUUGGCGAUAGUUUGCUCGCCGCUGCUUUCUGCGCGUAUUUGGGUUUCUUUGAAUACGCGGAUAGACACCGGCUGCUGGAAGAGUGGAGGGCAGUACUGCAGCGGGAAUGCAUUCGGUGCCGCGUUGAUCUUUCGUUCGUUGACUUUCUCUCCACACCUUCAGAGCGACUUCAGUGGGCGGCCCACUCGCUUCCUCCCGACGACCUAUCUGUUCAAAACGCGAUCAUUAUGAAAAGGUUUUUGCGCUACCCACUUAUCAUUGAUCCUGCUGGUCAAGCCAUUAACUUUCUGACGUCCUUUUUGUCCUCCAACAAGCUGUCGAAGACCUCCUUCCUGGACGCGAACUUCCUCAAGGCUCUGGAGAGUAGUUUGCGUUUCGGCUCCACUUUAGUAAUUCAGGACGUCGAGAAGGUGGACCCCAUUCUGAACCCCGUACUCAACAGAGAAACGCACAAACUCGGCGGCCGUGUUCUGAUUACUGUUGGCGACUCAGAAAUCGAUUUGUCGCCGGCCUUCUCCAUGUACCUUGCAACACGCGACCCCACCGCUCAGUUCACACCCGACAUUUGCAGCCGAGUCACUAUAAUUAAUUUCACCUUAACGCCUUCUUCGUUGGUAAAUCAGUGCCUUAAUCUCAUCCUGAAGAGCGAGAGAGCAGACAUCGACAAGAAGAGGUCAGAUAUGCUCAAGCUGCAGGGAGAAUUCAAGGUCAAGAUACGCGAACUGGAAGAUGCUCUUCUUCUUGCGCUUUCAAAUGUGAAGGGGAACAUCUUAGAUGACGACUCUGUGAUGUCUUCAAUGGAAAUGCUCAAGCGGCAGGCAGCGGAAGUGGCAGCAGAGGCUGCGCAUACAGAAGAAAUCAUGCAAGAAGUCGACCAAACGAGCAACAUGUAUUUGCCUUGGGCUCUCGCUGCGGGCCGCAUUUACUUUACGCUGCUAAAUCUGUCAUGCGUUUCUCCCGUCUAUCAGUACGAUCUCCGCUUCUUUUUAGGCAUUUUGCAUGACACUCUAACCGGCGCUGCUGGUCUAAGUGAUAUGAAGAAGACGGACUAUUCCGAAAGGCUAUCUUGUCUCUUGUCGGGCCUCUUCUCAACGACAUUCAAGCGAGUCGCCUACGGCCUGGGGUACUACGACAGGCUCGUGUUCGCGUUGCAGUUGUGUUUCAUCAGGACUGAGCUUGACAUAGGUUCGCCUCUGGAGUUGCCGGAGCUACAGCUGCUGCUACAGGGGUUCGUCGAGGAUCAUGCAGUUGCUGCAUCGGCAUCGUGGACAACGACUCUUCAUGGCGAGCUGACUGCCGAGCAGAUGAAGGCACUGCAAAAAUUGUUGGUGCUUCCCUGUUUUUCUGCUCUCCAGAAUCACAUGGAGGCACACGAGGAGGAAUGGAUUUCAAUGCUCCAGUCUUCCGCCCCUGAAACGAACUUCCCCCCCGGCGUCUUCACUGCGGAGCCGCAUCCCCAUGCAGACAAGAAAAUAGGCAGUGAUGGCGCCAUUACGCUCGGAGGGUGGAUCAGCUUACUGCGCGAGCUUCUGGUGCUGAGGGCGGUGAGGCCGGACCGUGUGACUUGCGUCCUUAUUGAACUAUGCGAAACCGUCUUGGGGCGGAAUUUCCUAACGGUUCCUGAACUGACGCAAGACCUACUUAGGGAGGUGGUCGAGAAGCAGGCAAGCAGUACUUCGCCGGUUCUCUUUGUUUUGUCUCCCGGUUCAGACCCCAGCAGCCUUGUUACUCAGCUCGCCAACGUCGUCCAGCAGCCGAUUAGCUCUGUAGCAAUGGGCAGUAAGGAAGGAUUCGAGUUGGCAGACAAGGCGAUUGCAAAGGCCACUCGACAGGGAUCUUGGGUGCUCUGCAAGAACGUCCACCUUUCUCUUAAGUGGCUGCAGGACCUAGAAACAAACUUGCACCGUGGCCAGGCGCACACGAAUUUCCGUCUGUUCCUGACGAUGGAGUACAACCCCAAAGUUCCCGCUACGCUGGUGAGGGCGUCUUGCACUUUUGUCUUCGAGCCUCCACUUGGUAUCAAGGCGUCCCUGUACAGGUCCUACGCGAUGCUCUUCGGUGCCAGUGCGACCCGAGGUGCCUCCAGUAGAAGUGCUGCUCAUGUUCAGCCGGUACAGCCCCCUGCCGCAGCUCGCUGUCGCUUGCAGUUCCUCCUGGCUUUCCUGCAUGCUAUUAUUUUGGAAAGGCGGAGAUAUGCGCCCGUGGGGUGGUGCAAACUCUACGAAUUUUCAGAAGCCGACCAGAAGUGCGCUUUGAGCAUUGUAGAUUCCUGGCUUGCUGCCGUGGCGCAACGCGGAGACACAGUGUCUGAUCAUAUAGCGCCUGAGAGAAUCCCUUGGCCUGCAAUUCGAACUCUGAUCGCUCAAGUCUGUUAUGGGGGAAGACUUGAUAAUGCUGUCGAUGAAAGAGUGUUGCGGUCGUUUGUGGACUACUUGUUUCGUGCGGAGGCGUUUGAGUCGGACUUUUGCCUCAACAUGCCGACCUUUGGGAAGGGAGGAGAUGCGUCGAAAUCUGACGCUCUACGCGCCCCUUCUGAGCUGUACAAGACGCACGAGCAGUACUUAGAAUGGGUAGACUCGCUUCCCCCUCGAGAUAUGCCCGCUUGGAUUGGAUUCAACUCGCGUGCUGAGUGGCUGCUGGCCGCCCGGCAGGCUCAAACCUGCGUAACGAACUGGUCGACGUUACUGCUGCGAGGCAAGGAAGAUGACCUCGACUUCCACUCCAUUGCUGAGAGCAUCCUGAAGAAGGGGCUUAAGCGGCAGAAGAGCGCUGCAACUGUUGGCGAAGCAGAACCCGACGACGCUCCAAAAACUUCUUGGCUCACACUGCUCAUCCCUGUCGUGCAAGCCUGCCUCACCACGUUGCCAGACAAAUUCCCUGUCUUACAGCGAACAGACGAAAUGGUGCAGAAUCCGAUGUUUCGCUGUUUUGAGCGUGAAUUAGCUGUUGGUGCAAGGCUGUGUAAGUUGAUUCGCGAGUCUUUAGGCGAGCUGUUGCUGGUCUGCAAAGGCGAGCUGAAGAUCACGAACUCGUUGCGUGACCUAGCGAGCCAGAUAUCCUCAUCGAAAGUGCCACCGGAGUGGAGUCAGGUGUACGUCUCGGCUCAGGAGCUGACGGUGAAGGAGUGGCUGGAGGACUUCAGCCGCCGCCUCGCUCAGCUAGCCAUGGUGUCACGAGAGUUUGGCACAGAGGAGGAAAACGACGUGCAAACGGAAGCGGCAAUGCAGUUGCUCUCACGGCAGCGCGACAACGGAGAACUGACACAAUGGAGAAUUUGGCUGGGCGGGCUUUUCUUCCCAUCAGCGUACCUCACUGCAACUCGUCAGGCGGUCGCUCAAGCCAAGGGGUGGUCGCUAGACGAUCUCGCAGUGGAAGUUAUUGUUGGGGCUUUCGAUGCAAAAGAUGAUCAGUGCUUCAUUAUCACGGGAUUGACUAUAGAAGGCGCAGCGUGGAACGCAAGUGAAGCGCUCGCUGUGAAACUGUCGCUGCAGUGUUUAGAUGUCACACAUACCCUGGCCUCGAACUUACCGCCUAUGGUCAUGCGGUGGUACCACAAAGCAGAAGGCUGCAAAUUCAAACAGGCGGGCGUUACCUACAUUGCUACUCCGAUGUUUUUGAACAGGGCUCGAAAGUGCGUUCAACAGACGGCGUUUUUUAAAUGCACGUUGGGUGCUCCCCACGAGCAAAAGCAGCGGUGGCAGCAGGGCGAAAUUGGUGGUGGUUUCCUGCAUUUGUCCUUUUCCUUUCUCUCUGGCUCUGUCUGUCUUUACAGGGACCUCGUGGCGUUCGUUGACCUGCCGGCUCAUGCUCGGUACCCGCCCUCUCUUUGGAUACAGAGGGGGACUGCUGUAUUGCUGUGGAGUGACUUCUAA